CAUUUGUGAAUUACUUACCCCAGCGGCUGUAUCCAUUUCAUCCAGACCCAUUUCCUGUUCCGCGCAACUGCUACGCACGCACAACCUCAAACGUCCAGUCUUACACAGGUGAACAGCUCAGAUGGUCGCGACCAGCAAGGAACACGGCGCCGCCGUCAAGCCCAGGCGCUCAAGCUUCGUGCUCGGUGGGUUCCUGCCCAAGGUGCCCACCUACCGCAAGGAGAAGAAGGAUCCCAGCGGCACUAUUCUCGAUCAGGAAGCCGACGAGGAGCCUGUGCAGGACGAUAAUAAUCAGGUCGAGGACCAGCCGAGCGAGUUGCCGGACUUCCCUGCCGAGCGCCGCUCUCACGACGGCGUGGUUCCCGCUCCUUCCGCUGCAUCUGUAGCGGCCGCCGCUAUCCGUCGCCGCGGUAUGUCCAUCGAGCAGACGGCAACGUCACUCUACCGCCGCAUGAGCGUGCGCCAGAACUCGGCGCCCGAUCCGGCAGAGACAGUCAAGACGUCGCCCACAGGCAGCGCCGAGAGCUCGCCGUCUCCCCAGUCGGACGCAGUAUUCGCGGUACGACGCGGGAUGUGCGUGGCCACGACCUUCGGCACUGGCUCCGUGCUGGAUGUGCGCAACGAGGAUGGCUUCGUCGUGGUGCAGUUGGUGCCCAAGAGCAUCGCGUAUCUGCGUGAGGAAACUAUUAUCAGGGAGAUUAAGAGUGUGGUGGGCGAGAGGGUCAAGACCCGCUGGGGUAUGGCCACUGUCGAGCAGUACUACGUCGAGGAGGACAUGUACAGCAUCGCUCUGGACUGGCGCUGGGACGACGAGCAUGUGUGGCGCAUGAAGGCCACGACCAAGAAGUUCGAGAAGAUCCACCCACGUGGAACGCUCAUCCAGAACACUAAGAACCGCUUGUUCGAAGGCUACAGCUCGCUGCGGGAAAGCGUCGGGUCCAAGCUCAACACCAGCAAGAGCGUGGCAGUUAACACCAAGCAUGACGCGGUGGAGCAGCCGGACCUGGGCAAGGCGCAGACGCCUUACGGUGUUUGCACGGUGCUGGAAGUACGCGCGGACAAGUUCUUUGUGGUCAAGACGCCAAUCGGUGCCACGGCGUAUUUGAACGCGGAUUCGGUGCGGAUGCUGGGACGACGGACACAUUUCGUCAAUGGAGACCGCGUCAACACGCCGUACGGACCAGGACACAUUGCGCAUUUCCGCGAAGAGGACGAGACAUAUGCUGUGGAGCUGGAGGUGCCGUCGCUUGCUGGUCAAUCGCCAUUGAUGUUCAUUAGCGACGUGUAUGCCGAGACAGCUUUGACUCUCGCACCGGCGACUACGCGCCUGUCCUCGAUUCUGAACAUUACGCGCACGUCCAUGAUGAACGCCAGCGAGAGAAUGCGCAGUGCUUCCGUUGCUGCAGGAGGACUCCCUACGCUUCCUACUAAUCUGCCUGCGCUUCCAGCUAACCUGCCGACGCUUUCUAGCGUGAAGGCCAGAGUUUCCACCAUGGCAACGAUCAAGAUGACUCCGAAAUCAAAAUUCCACAAGGACGAGCGAGUGUUGACUACGUUCGGAUCCGGAUUCGUUGUGGAGGCCCGUCCGCAGGACAAGAUUUACCACGUUUAUUUACGUCGGCUCAAGAUUUCGGGCUAUUUUCACGAGUUGAGCCUUGCUCCGUUCCCGUAUGAGCGCGUCACGCACUUUGUGGUGGAUGGACGUACGGUUCCGGCGCCGCCUAUUCCCAAGAAUGCCAGCGAUUACAAGCGUCGUGCUGUGAUCUCUGCAGCAAUCAAGUCGGCCCGUGAAGGCAAGUACCUUGCCCCAACAGUGCCUGCUAAACCCGAGGAGCCAAAGGUCGAAACAUCUGAGGCGCCGAUUGAUGCCAUGGCUGCGGCUGAAGCUGCUGUCGCCGUGGACACCGCCACCGCUGCGUCUGCCCCCGCACCGGUGCCAGUCGCGGAGUAAAUGCGUCAAAAUUUCGAGGAACCACUCCACAAAAAUAAUCGGCCCAAUUGGAUGUGAACUUCUUCAUCCACCAGCAUUUUGCAACCCACCAGUUGCUGGCAUUCAUAGUAGCAGUAGCUUCAGUUCACCAUCGAGUUUGUAUAAUGGAGCCGCGUUCAGUUUUUACAAGUCUUGGAGAGCGGAAUAGAUUUCAUUUUCAGUAAAAUGAGUUAGGUUAGUCGUGU